AUGGCAUCCAACGGUGAAAAAGGACUGAUCGUAAGCUUCGGUGAGAUGCUAAUCGAUUUCGUCCCAACCGAAUCAGGCGUAUCACUCGCCGAAGCUCCUGGAUUCCUCAAAGCUCCCGGUGGUGCUCCGGCGAACGUAGCAAUCGCAGUUUCUCGUCUCGGUGGACGUUCAGCUUUCGUCGGAAAACUUGGAGACGACGAGUUUGGUCAUAUGCUCGCUGGGAUUUUAAGGAAAAACGGUGUCGAUGAUCAGGGGAUUAACUUUGAUACUGGUGCUAGAACCGCUCUAGCUUUCGUUACGUUACGUGCUGAUGGAGAUCGAGAGUUUAUGUUUUACCGGAAUCCUAGCGCCGAUAUGCUUCUCCGUCCUGACGAACUUAACCUCGACCUCAUCAGAUCCGCAAAAGUGUUUCACUAUGGAUCAAUAAGCUUAAUCGUGGAGCCAUGUAGGUCAGCUCAUUUGAAGGCUAUGGAAGUGGCUAAAGAAGCAGGAGCUCUUCUUUCCUAUGACCCAAAUCUCAGGGAACCUUUGUGGCCAUCAAAGGAAGAAGCUAAGACACAGAUCAUGAGCAUUUGGGACAAAGCAGAGAUCAUCAAGGUGAGUGAUGUUGAGUUGGAGUUUCUAACUGGAAGCAACAAGAUUGAUGAUGAGACCGCAUUGUCCUUGUGGCAUCCCAAUUUGAAGCUCUUGCUUGUCACUCUUGGUGAAAAAGGUUGUCUGUAUUACGCCAAGAAUUUCCGUGGUUCCGUUGAUCCUUUCCAUGUGAACGCGGUGGAUACAACCGGAGCUGGAGAUUCUUUUGUUGGUGCCCUUCUAAACAAGAUCGCCGAGGAUCAAUCCAUUCUCGAGAAUGAAGAGAGAUUGAGAAAAGUGCUGAGAUUCGCAAACGCGUGUGGAGCAAUCACCACGACUAAAAAAGGAGCCAUUCCUGCUCUUCCCUCAGAAUCUGAAGUUAACAGUUUUCUCGAAGGGAAAUAG